AGGUAUCGUCCACCUGGGGAAGGGCAGCCGGAUGGUGUCUUGAGGAAGGGAAUUAAAUUAUGGGGUCCAGAAAUGUCUGAAGAAGGAAACAUGCCAACGUUUCAGUUCAAAAAGUUAUUGAAUGAUGAUCAAGAACUGUAUAAGUGGCUCGUGACAAUGAUAACUCAGACUGGAAUAGCCAGAGUAGAAAAUGCACCCAAAGAGAAAGGUCAGUUGCAGAUUCUGGGUGAAAGAGUUGGCUAUCUUAUGGAAACUACGUACGGGUUAGUAUCAAUGCUAAUGUUGCCUUCGCUUUCGUUUCUUCAGGUUUAACUCGUGUGCAGUCUUUGCACGAUCUGUAUAUAUUUUUCUGAAGCCAGGGCGCUCCCCCCCCCCC